UCCUGUAAAACACAACAGGAAGCUGUCCAGUCCUGCUGUGUGCCAGGAGGACACCUGCAGAGCUGCCGCAGGGGUGGAAGCGAGCCACAGGCUGUAUGGAUAAUGCUGAGAAAACUGCACGGCUGCACAAAUCUGACGCCAAUCUAGGGCGCUAUUUUUGGUUUCCGCUCUGCUUUUCUGACACCUGUAGGUAAGCGUGAAGCGCACAUCAGACUUCUGCAGCACCUUACAGAGCGAAGGAACCCUCGCAGGGCGUGGGAUCACGGUGAAGCGUUUCUUGCUUUGCCAUCGGGAUUAAUUAUAACCCAGGGAUAGGAACUGUAAAUGCACUGGAGUUGCCAAGACGGGAGCUGGCUGUGUGCCAGUGCACCAUCCCAUCAGGACUCCUGGAGAGCAGCAGGUAACACCCAGGUAUACUCAUCAGAUGCUUUCUGUGAUCUUUACCAGUGAAUCUGCACGAGUGAUUUUUUUUCUAAGCUUACUUUAGGAACUGCAUCUUGGUCCUUGUGCUGCUUUAACUCCCUGAGAAAUAAUUACGCUUAGCAAGACCUUAUUAUCUACUGAAGAACAUAAUGACUGAAUUCCUGGUUUGUUUUAAUUGGUGCAAUGGUGAACAGCCCCAGCCGAAGAGACGUCGGAGACUGGACCGGAAUAUGAUAGGAGAACCAAUGAACUUUGUACACACUGUGCAUGUGGGGGCGGGAGACAUGAAUAGUGACUACUCAUCCGCUGUAUCAAUUCAGGACCACAUGAAGUCUAAAGGUGGCUACACAAACAGCACUCCUGCAACUGUUGAGAUAUAGCAAAGUGAGAGAAGGCUGAAAUUUGCUCUGUCUUAUGAGGACCCCUUGGACUGUGCUUUUGUAUUCUCUAAAACCUCUUUAUCAUGGAGUAGGGAGAGUACUUGAAUUAUAAACAGGUGAGUGCAGGCUUUGGUGUUCUUUGCACAAUAGCUUCCAAAGGAGUUAUUUUAAGUUAACCUUAAAAUGGUCUGUCAUGAUAGCACUGUAGUAGCAACUGUAGUUUGUCAUUGUGGAUGACUUCCUAGCUGUGUCCCAAAAACCUCACAAAGUCGUCUUGCAGGAUAGGAUGGGAAGUCAGUAUGAAUUGUUUGGGGGUUUGGUUUCUGUCUUUUUCUCCCAUCAAGAAAUGCAGAGAUUGAUUUACUUGGAAGAUAACAUGUUUGCACUUUAGGCUAAACUGAAUUGUUAAGUAGGAUCCUGUAGCUUGUAGUAAGAUUCUGGACUUGGUUUUUUAGACCCUUUACAGCCUAAUCUAAAAAAAAAAAAAACAACAAACAAACAACAGAAGUACAGCUCAUUAGGUUUAUAAUUUUUGACGGUGAACAAACUAACAUAAUGUAGUUAGCAGAGUUUGCAAAACCCAGUGAAACAUCUGCCUUGCUGUGAUAAUGCUUUUGUAGCUUAAAAAUAGAGGGUUUGCAAACGUACCCGCUCUUGGAUGAGGCUUAGAAAGACUGCGGUUUCUCUCAGUUACUGGGCUGCCUCCCUUCUGUCCAUGCACUAGUGUGACUGACAGGUAUCGCAACAACAGUGCUAAUAACAUGUACCAGUUAACUUCAAGUGGUGCUACAGUAUGCUCACAACUGUGUGUUAAUUUUGCAUGACUGCUCAUGAAUUUUAAUUAAACUAAAAGUAUCUAAGAUUGCUCUCUCUGCCUGUCUGUAACAGUAACUACACAGGACUUUGAGGGAUAUCUCUCUUGUCUUUCUGGCUCCUUAAUUUCAAGACUUUUUUAGAUGAAAAAUAAAAAAUAUGGUUUAAGUGAUACAGCCACGCGAAGGACAGAAAUUUAAAGAAUAUCAUGAAAACCUGUGGGAGAAUAUUAAAUAGAAACAGUGUCUUGCAGAGCUCCAGCACUUCAGAAAUAUUUAAAUAAAUAGCCAUAAAUGUUUAGUCAUACCCAGACUACAAUUUAUUACUUCUUAUACAUCUUUCUAUUAAGUGGUAUGACAAAACUGCUGAAGUAGAGCUAGGUUUUUUUUUUACCCAAUCCUGGCAACUGUUCCCCAGACAAAAUUCUGAAUGACUGCCGGUGCAGAAAUUUAGGAACUCUGCUUGCUGUCAUGGGGUUCACUAAAUAAAAGCGCUUAAAUUGCUGCCGUGUCAGCACCAGUUAUGCUGGAAGUCAGUGGAACUCUUUCUGUGCUCUGGGUGUACGAUCAGUUGUGAGCUUUAUUCCAUUAAAAAAAAAAAAUCUACUGGCAAAUCUUUCAGCUUGUAUGAUUCUGUUUGUGGCUUGUGAUACUUAUUAAA